AUGUCGUCAAGACCAACUAAUAAUCAAGCCCCACCAAACCUUCCUAGCAGAGAUAAGUCGCUUUUACAGAGGUUUAUGGCAGUGGCCAAAAGCCUACAGUUUGCAUGGUUCACUGGCCAUUCCAUAGUGUUGGUCAGCUCCAUACUCUACCUGUUCAAGAUGUCUGAAUUUUACUACAGGUUGGUAUACCUCGGUGUCAUCGAAUCCUUCGGCAUCAUUAUCUACCAGCAGUUUUUCACCCGCAAUGAACCAUUGCAAACCCAAGACGCCGCCACCACUAAGGCCUCGAUAACGUCACGCAUUUCUGGCCUGCUGAAGAGUGAAGAUGUGCUGUACUUGGUCUUAGCCAAUUUCUGGUUGUUCACCCCAAGAUUUUCAUUCAGCUUGAUCCCGUUUUUCGCAUUUGCUGUCUUCCAUGUUUUGAUCUACGUCGAAAAGGUCCUCCUACCAAAGGUCUUCCAUCUUUCCAGCAAGGACUCUAGUAAGGUCCUCAGGUUCAUUGACAGGUUUGUUGUCCAAUACAAUGAUUUAUGUAUGCACUGGGUCGGUACGGCGGAGUUGCUGAUCUUCAUCUUUGUCCUUUUCAGGGCCAUUCUAUGCUUCCGUCGGUCUUGGAUCAUCCUUGUGGUGUAUUCUAUCUUCAUCAAGUUAAGAUACGAAAAUUCCAAGUACAUGAAAGCUGCCUUUGCUCAAUGGAGGGUCAGAAUGGAUGGAAUUAUAAGUCAUCCAUCUGUUCCACCGUACGUCAAGAGAGCUUACAAUGCAGCCAAGACGGGCUUGGUACACUUAUCCGAGUACCGCUUAAGUGGUGUCCCACAGGUGGCCAAGAAGCAAAUUUGA